CGUCUUUCCUGUGGUUCGACUGGCAUUCUUUUUUGCCUGUCGUGUUACAGGAUUAAAAGUCCAAGCAAGUUAUACCCCUUAUUCCAUCCACAUCAACAUGACAGGCAACGUUUCAAUGGUAACGGGCGCGAGCGGCUUCAUCGCCAGCCACGUUGUCCAACAACUUCUUGAAAAUGGCGACCAGGUCCACGCAACCGUUCGCAGUACUAAGAAUAACAAGAAAAUCGGACACCUCCUCGACAUGCAAGAGCGAUGGCCGGGCAAGCUGUAUUUAUUCGAAGCAGAUUUGCUUGUCACUGGUUCAUUUGAAGCCCCAAUGAAAGGAUGUUCGGUGGUGUAUCAUAUCGCCUCGCCGUUUUUCAUCGAGAACAAGAUUCGCGACGGCCAGAAAGAGGUUGUUGAGCCGGCUCUGAAAGGAACGCAGCAUGUGCUUGAUGCAGUCGACAAAUGCGAGUCCGUCAACCUGGUGGUCUUGACCUCGUCUGUCGCGGCCAUCUUCGGUGAUAAUGCCGAUGUGCUAGGAAUGAAGAAUAAGACGCUCUCCGCGGACUAUUUUAACACGACGAGCUCGGUCACCCACAACUCCUAUUCUUAUUCAAAAGUGGUCGCUGAAAAAGAGGCCUGGAAAUUGUACGAAGCCCAGCCAACGCCCCGGCGCUGGAAGCUAGUCACCAUAAACCCGGGGCUGGUCCUGGGACCAUCCUUAUCCCCCACCUCCGAGUCCGGCAGUCUGGCUUUACUGGAUCAGCUCUUACGCGGACAGCUCUUUCUGGGUGUGCCUGAUUUGUGGUUCGCAAUUGCGGAUGUACGAGACGUCGCAACUGCGCAUAUUCGAGCGGCCCGGAAUCCAGAUUCUCAUGGCCGCUAUAUUCUGGCCGACAAGACAACACAUGGUUUUGUUGAGCUCGCUCGCAUUAUUCGGUCAUUUACACAGUCCUUUACGAUUCCGAAGACUACAAUCCCGAAUACCUUAGUACGCAUGUCUGGGCCAGUACUUGGAUUCAGCCAGAAGUGGCUGCGACUCAACCUCGGGAUUUCCUUCAACAUUGAUAAUUGUCCCAGUGUGAAUGAUUUGAAUAUUGUGUAUAGACCACUAGAGCAGACAUUGUUGGAUCAUUAUCGGUCUUGGAAAAGUGCCCAGACAGCGUCACUCUAGUUUUUUGGCCAUCCAAUAUCCAGAAUUACUUGCUUCUCAUAACAAGCUGUGAAGGCACGCAUCCAUUUCCCAUGGCUUUUUUUUUAUUUUCUAUUUUUCUCGUUGUGGUUCACUUCGGCCAACUGUUCAUAUCCCCGGGGCAUACAGUUCGGACAGGUUCCAGGUUUAGUACGAUAGGUUCAGAAC